GUUCCCGAAAAAAUUAAAGCAAAGUGGAUUGCUUUAUAAGAAAGCCGCAAAGCUGGAAGAACAGCUUGAGAAAGAGUGGGCACUGCAGAAUGAUCACGCCGGAACGAGCAACCAGUAACCGGUUGUGCAAUCUGCUGAAGGUAACUACUAAAAAUAUGUUGCUAUGAGUGACCCCUAUGAAGAGCCUAUGGCGUCUAUGGAAGAGGUGUAUUUGAACGAAAACGGUGACGAUGAUGACCGUAUCAGCGAUGAAGGAUCCAUCCACAACGAAGAUACCGACGGCGAAGAGUAUUUGGAGGAAGAGUAUUUGGAGGGAGAAUUUUUGGAGGAGGCGAGUCUGGAAAUUGAUCCAGAAAGCGCGAAGCUACGAGACUCUUUGCGAACUUGGUUGAUUCGCAAUAAAGUUGCUCGUAGCGGAAGCAAUAGUUUACUUGCAAUACUGCGAAAAGCGUCUUCUCUUUUUGCUUUUUCAUCUCUUCCGCAGGAUGUUAGGACAUUACUGAAAGCUCCGGUGAACGUCAGCCAGCAGAUAACUUAGGUUCCAGGUGGAGGUGAAAUGUGGUACCAAGGCGUUGAAUGUUGUUUUCAGCAUUAUUUCCGUGGCGUGGACGUAUCAGAAGAUGAAUUUGAGCUGAAUCUUUCAGUGGAUGGAAUACCCAUUUAUGAUCGCAGCGCUAUACAGAUGUGGCCUAUACUGAUGCAGUUACACAAUAUGCCGAAUGUUCCUGUUGUGGUGGUAGGGAUAUUUUGCGGCACUUCAAAACCAUCCGAUGUUGAGCUUUUCCUGAGACCUUUAGUGGAGGAACUUAAUAGGCUACAUGAUAACAAAAUGACUCUGAAUGGCAAAAAAAUAUCUGUUUCGGUUAGAGUUAUUAUCGCUGACUCGCCUGCACGUGCAUUUAUUAAACAACUUCUAUGUCAAUCACAGCAUCAUUGUUUCCAAUGAUGUGGAUGACAUAGUUCGCAAACAAACUUAGGAUAUAGCUGCGUUUACAGUAUCGGACAUAAAGAUAGAACCCU